GCUGCCCACUUUUGCGCGAAAACGCCGAACUAAUCGCUUUCGUUAUAUGUAUUUAUUAUUAUGUUUUGUUGCUUUUUGCAUGUCACCAACAGAAACAGAAAAAAAAAACGAAACGAAACACACUGAAAAACGCGCGCGUACACUUGUGUGUAUGUGAGUGUGCGCUGGUAUUGGCGCGCGUGUGAGUGUGAGCGAAUUUGCAAGAGACGGGGCGUAUGAGCAAUGCCGUGGCGAAAACUUUGCCACUUUUGUUGUCUGCGACGAAAGCAAAAACAGCGAGACACCGUAAAAAAAAAAAAACAAGUAAUAUAAACACAGCUUUACAUGCGCAGUUUUUGUUGUUGUUUUUAUCCGGCUGCUGUGGCGUUGCACUGCGUAUUACUGUUUUACCUCUUUUUCUUUUUCUUACUUUUUAGAGCGUCCGCGUUGCGGCGACGCGUUGUAAGCGGUUCGAAAGGUAGCGCAGCACUGGCGCUCUGCCGCCAAUUCGAACAGCUGAGCGCCAGCCGAAGAGAGAGAGCCGAAGAGUGCCGAACGACGCAGCUCCGCUGAACUCGCCACCACUACCACUGCAGUGGCGCUCAGUCGCGGUCGCUGUGCGCUGCCGUGCUCUGCUGCUGUAAGCGCUCUUACAUUCCGCGCCCGAAUUUUUCGUGCUUUUCCCUUGUUUUCCCUGUGGGCCAGCGUUUCGCUGCUGCUCGGACUCGGUUUGGGCCAACACUUGUCGCCUCUUGGCCAUUAUGCAACGACAGCGAAACGAAGGCGCUCGCGAAGUGGCCAAGCUGCUCUCUGAUUGGUCGGUGGUCAGCGCCACGAGGCCACCCGAAGUGCUCUCGCGAGAACUCAAGAACUCUCUCUCCCUCUCUUUUGGGAGAGAUGAGAUAGGAAAGAAAAGCCAAAACACUAGAACAAUCCAGAAGCCAAGUUUUCCGGCUUGCACAUACGCCGUAUAAUCUGCAUUUUUUGCGAACUCUUAACUCGAGUCAAUCAGCUUAGUUUUACAAUUCCGUGUUUUACUAAAAACAAAUAAACCAAUAUAAUUUUGCUCAGAAAUCGAUGCACUUUGAUGAGAGAACACAAUUCUCAG